GGAAGGAAAUUUUCUCUUCCUCCCCAAGGACUCUUAAAAAUCUUCCCAUUAGGUUUGACUUAAUUUACCUCCUAGUGGUAUUUGGAUCUCCGUUUCCAUAUGGAUGUGAUAGUUCAAGGCACGUGAAUAUUGUGAGGAAUGAUCAGCCGUCCAAAUGUACAGUGGCCUUUGCUCUUGUCUUUGUCUAAAUGUAGAGUAGCGGAAGUAUGUAGUAUAAGGAGCCAAAGCAAAAGAUACAGAGGAGAUUUGGGGCUUAGGAACAUGGACUGCGUGGCGUCCGAGUUUCCAUCAGAGGAAAGCACGGUUGAGCUGUUUCAAUUCUUCUCUAUUCCCUGCCAGCAAGACAGCGGCAACCCUAAGCAAGAUGAACAGAAUUUGAUCCUUGUCUCCAAGAAGAGUGAUUGUAGCCGGGGCAAGCGUAAAGCAGCUACUGCUUUUGGUGUCAAGGAUGGGAACGCUGCUGAUAAUAAAAGGAAGAAAGUCAUUCAUAGAGACAUCGAACGACAAAGAAGGCAAGAAAUGACUACUCUGUAUUCGACUCUUCGGUUGCUGCUUCCUCUUGAAUAUCUCAAGGGAAAGAGGUCUAUAUCGGAUCACAUGCACGAGGCUGUGAAGUACAUCAAACAUUUGCGGAACAGGAUCAUGGAGUUAAGUGACAAGAGGGAGGUGCUGAAAAGAUCAUCCAAUUUGCAUACACCUAGCUCUAUGCCGGAAAGCUCACCAGAUUGUUCUGAGGACAGUGUAGUAGUUAGAGCUUGUAUGGUAGGAGUGGAGAUUGCCAUAAACACAGGCUUGAGACAAGGCCUUCCUCUGUCAAAUGUGCUUGACGUUAUAGUUGCAGAAGGCCUAAGUGUUGUUAACUGCAUAUCAACUAAAGUAAAUGAAAGGAUGUUGCACACUAUUGCGUUGGAGGUGAAUGAUGGAAGAAGCAUAGAGCUGUCAGAGCUGCAACAGAAAUUAACAAAACUGAUGAUUCAUCCUCCAGGUUAAUUAGAUUUUUAAACCUGCUGCUAACUGGUUAAUUUGCUUGUGAUGGUAUCUUCCUGCUGUGAAAGAUUUGAUGCUUUGCAGCUAGGAUGAAGUUCCUAAUUUUGUAACUUUUGUAACCUAAGGUUGGUCGUGGAAAUGGUUGAUUAAUCUUCUUCAUCAGCUACCCUUGUUUUUCAGCUACAUAAAUAAAUACGCAAGCAAAUUCGCUGGAUCA